CAAGCGCUUUGGUUUGGUUUGUUUGCAGAGAGGAAAGCUCGAUUCUUUUCUCAUCUGCUCCCUCAAAUCUCUCGCAAGCAGAAGAAGAGGAAGGACGGCUUGCCAAGUAACCCGGAUACAGAAUGUGGAGGCUGAAGAUAGCAGAAGGUGAAGAUGGUCCCUAUUUGUACAGCACCAACAACUACGUGGGCAGGCAGAUUUGGGAGUUCGACCCCGAGGCCGGCACCCCCCAGGAGCGCGCAGAUGUCGAGGCCGCUCGCCGGCACUUCUACGACCACCGCCACCAAGUGAAGCCCUGCGGCGACCUCCUCUGGCGCAUGCAGUUCCUGAGGGAGAAGCAGUUCGAGCAGACGAUCCCGCCAGUGAGGGUGGAGGAUGGCGAGGAGAUCACCAACGACAAGGCGACCACCGCGCUGAGGCGGGCUGUCUGCUUCUUCUCCGCCCUGCAGGCCAGUGACGGCCACUGGCCCGCCGAGAUCGCCGGCCCUCUCUUUUUCCUCCCUCCCCUGGUCAUGUGCGUCUACAUCACCGGCCACCUCAAUGCCAUCUUCCCUGCCGAGCACCACAAAGAGAUUCUCCGCUACAUCUACAACCACCAGAAUGAAGAUGGUGGUUGGGGCUUGCACAUUGAAGGUCACAGCACCAUGUUCUGCACCACCCUGAGCUACAUAUGCAUGCGCAUUCUCGGGGAAGGGCCCAAUGGUGGCCUGGACAAUGCUUGUACUCGGGCCAGGAAGUGGAUUCUUGACCGUGGCGGCGUCACCUACAUACCCUCCUGGGGCAAGACUUGGCUCUCGAUUCUCGGAAUUUUCGACUGGUCUGGAAGCAACCCAAUGCCCCCUGAGUUCUGGAUCUUGCCUUCAUUCCUCCCCAUGCAUCCAGCUAAAAUGUGGUGCUACUGUCGGAUGGUUUACAUGCCUAUGUCAUACCUGUAUGGGAAAAGAUUCGUCGGCCCGAUCACCCCUCUGGUUCAACAGUUGAGAGAAGAACUUCAUACUCAACCCUACAACACCAUUUGCUGGAGAAAAGUCCGCCAUCAUUGCGCCAAGGAGGAUCUCUACUAUCCCCAUCCAUUAAUACAGGAUCUGAUGUGGGACAGCCUGUACAUAUUCACCGAGCCUUUUCUCAACCGUUGGCCAUUUAAUAAACUAAGAGAAAAGGCACUCCAGGUGACGAUGAAGCACAUUCACUACGAAGACGAGAACAGUCGAUAUAUCACAAUUGGAUGUGUAGAAAAGGUGUUAUGCAUGCUUGCUUGCUGGGUAGAAGACCCAGACGGUGACUAUUUCAAGAAGCAUCUUGCUAGGAUACCGGAUUAUCUUUGGGUGGCUGAAGACGGAAUGAAGAUGCAGAGUUUUGGAAGCCAAGAGUGGGAUACGGGCUUCGCCAUCCAAGCUUUGCUUGCCAGUAAUAUGACUGAGGAGAUAGCACCGGUAUUAGCUAGAGGACACGACUUCAUUAAAAAAUCUCAGGUCAGGGACAAUCCUUCUGGUGACUUCAAAAGCAUGCACCGUCAUAUUUCUAAAGGAUCUUGGACAUUUUCGGAUCAAGAUCAUGGCUGGCAAGUCUCUGAUUGCACUGCAGAAGGCCUGAAGUGUUGCUUGCUUUUCUCAACGAUGCCACCUGAAAUUGUUGGCGAGAAGAUGGAGCCAGAGAGAUUGUACGAUGCUGUCAAUGUCUUACUUUCUCUUCAGAGUAAAAAUGGCGGAUUGGCUGCAUGGGAACCCACGGGAGCCCAGGAAUGGCUAGAACUCCUAAAUCCGACAGAGUUCUUUGCUGACAUUGUCGUCGAGCAUGAAUAUGUUGAAUGCACAUCGUCAGCCAUAAGUGCGUUAGUUAUGUUCAGGAAUUUGUAUCCCGGGCACAGGAAGAAGGAGAUUGAGAGUUUCAUACCAAAUGCCGUACGGUUUCUGGAGAACAUACAAAAUCCGGAUGGCUCGUGGUAUGGGAACUGGGGAGUCUGUUUUACAUACGGCUCAUGGUUUGCCCUUGGAGGACUAGCAGCUGCAGGCAAGACGUAUAGCAAUUGUGCAGCCAUGCACAAAGGAGUCGCUUUUCUUCUACGAACGCAGUUGCAGGAUGGCGGGUGGGGAGAGAGCUAUCUUUCUUGCCCGAAGAAGGAAUACGUACCGCUCAAAGGAAACAAAUCGAAUCUGGUACACACCGGUUGGGCUAUGCUGGGUCUGAUUCACGCAGGGCAGGCGGAAAGGGAUCCGACUCCCCUGCACCGUGCCGCAAAGCUGCUAAUCAAUUCACAAAUGGAAGACGGCGAUUAUCCCCAACAGGAGAUCACUGGGGUUUUCAACAAGAACUGCAUGUUACACUAUGUCACAUACCGGAACAUAUACCCAUUGUGGGCACUCGCAGAGUAUCGCAGGCGGGUUCCUUUACCGUCGACAGCCCUUUGAAGAAACAAGGCAUGCCAUCACAGCUUGCCUACUGAGAAAACACAGAUUUCAUCGCCAUAACAGAGUUCGAAACCCAUGUAUGUGGUUUUUCUUGUAUGGCAGAUCCGAAGGACUUGGGGUCCUAGAACAGAGGAUCCUAGCUAUGACGACGACGUAUCCAUAGAGUUUUUUCGGGUCAAACAGUGUAUCCAAUAACCAUAGUUCAAUGUAAUAUAAUCUGAACUAUUGUUUAAAUAAAUGUAAAUGUUUUCACACGUUCUAUUUACACCUUAUGCGGCGCAUUGGAGCAUUUA